GGCCGGCGAGCUCGCGGUGACUCCCGCCCGGCCCUCCCUCGCAGGCGGCAGCCUCGGGUCUCCCGGAACGAUGGUGAAGUUGGGGAACAAUUUCGCGGAGAAGGGCGCCAAGCAGCCGCUGCUGGAGGAUGGCUUCGACACCAUCCCCCUGAUGACGCCCCUCGAUGUCAAUCAGCUGCAGUUCCCGCCCCCGGACAAGGUGGUUGUGAAAACGAAGACCGAGUACGAGCCUGACCGCAAGAAAGGCAAAGCGCGCCCUCCCAAGAUAGCGGAGUUCACCGUCAGCAUCACCGAGGGGGUCACCGAGAGGUUCAAGGUGUCCGUGCUGGUCCUCUUCGCCCUGGCCUUCCUCACCUGCGUCGUCUUCCUGGUCGUCUACAAGGUGUACAAGUAUGACCGUGCCUGCCCCGAUGGGUUCGUCCUCAAGAACACCCAGUGCAUUCCAGAAGGCUUGGAGAGCUACUACGCGGAGCAAGACUCCAGCGCCCGGGAGAAAUUCUACACCGUCAUCAACCACUACAACCUGGCCAAGCAGAGCAUCACACGCUCGGUCUCACCCUGGAUGUCCGUUCUGUCAGAAGAGAAGCUGUCCGAGCAGGAGACCGAAGCCGCUGAGAAGUCGGCCCAGUGAGGUGGGCAGGUUCCUUACGAUGUGUCACUUGAAGGUAACAAAGGGACUCGGAGGGACGUUUCAUUAAAUAUAAUUCCCGAUAAUUUAGAGGUCGCUCAUUUAUGGUGCAACUGCUUGUUUGCUGAUGCCGCUUUGCAAAUAAACCUUGCUGCCGGCCGCCCGCGGGCCCAAGUGCAUCUCAGCACUGCUUAAAGAGCUCUGACACCACUUUCCGUGAUAAGGAGUCUUAAUUUAGCUACUUUACUGGGACUUACUGGAUGGUAUCAAAAAAUAAAUUUACACCAGAUACGCAAGGGGUUUGGAUUCAGAUAAUGCAUUUUGUGGAAUUUGUUUACCACCCUCCCACCCUCGCUGUUUGCAGUCCUUACUCCACAGCCAUAUUUAGAGGGAGCCCCACUUUGCUAAGAGCAAGCUGUACUUCAGAAUUUCUUCCAACCUCCAAUCAGGCGGCAACAGUGCCGUCUCCAGGACGCAUGGUAGUGAGCGGUGUAGAGAAGGAAGGAAAUAGGGCAAGCGCGCUUUCCCCGUGCUCAUCCCUAAGUUGCAAGUGUCCCGCAGCCAGGCACACUCGGGGGGCUCUGUUCCACACCCCCACACACCGGAGUUGGCAUCUUGGUGCAGAGAGCACCCUUGUUUCGCUCCAGUGCAUGCAGACCGUGUCCCAGCAUGUGAGGUGAGGGGCUAUGGAAAGCGAGGUCCCUGGGCCGCGGGCUCCAGGACUGUGUCAGAAGCCCUGUAGGUAGUCCGUCUGCUCUGUGAUGUGUUGAAUAGGAACGAAACCCCUUUGGUCUUUACGUGCUCUUCUGUUAUGAAUAAAUUCGCACCAACAGCCCUGUUAGCCCCUAAGUUAGUUUUCAAAAACUUAUUUGUGUUGGAAAAGUGAAAAUGUAAUUGCUGGGAAACCAAGACUAAUUUUUAUUUUGUGAACCAGAACUCCUUUGAUAUAAGAAGCAGGCAGGAAAGGCUGGGCGGGGCUGGUGUGGCAACUUGCAAACCCAAUGAUGACAUUUCAAUUCACAAUCUUUGUAAGAAAAUGCUAUUUCAACCUGAAUCUUGACAUUAAAGUAUAUGUUUACAAAAUUGCCAGUUAGAUAAGUGUGUAAGACGAUUAAAUAGAAAAAAGACAUAUGCAGACCUUUUCUUCCAUGUUAUUUGAAUGUGUUGUUUCUGGUGGACAUGUCAAAAGUUUCACUGUUUUUUAGUAGAUCAAAAAUAAAUGACAACUAGUGCAAGAUCUGUUGCAAACAAG